AUGCUGUUUCUCGCAGUUGGUUACGUCUAUCAAUGGAACAUCGAAAAUGCACUGCACCAGAGUUGGGUUCCAGAUGCUGCCAGCGAGCGCUUCGGUCAUAGCCCGUUGCCUCCCUCGCCAGAGCAUCUCCAGAUCACCAACUACACACUACCUCUGCGGACACAAGGCCGAGAUAUUGUCGACGCCAACGGUCGUCGUUUCAAGAUGGCAUCGGUGAACUGGUAUGGCGCGAGUGAUGAGUUCUUUGUUGCCGGAGGUCUGGAUAUUCAACAUCGCGAUGAGAUUGCCAAAACCAUCAAGAAGCUUGGAUUCAACAGUGUUAGGCUACCUUAUGCGGAUGAGUUGGUUAUCGAAAACCCAGUCGUUGACGAAAAGCACCUUCGUGCGAACAUCGACUUGGUAGGCUUGCGGGCUCUCGACAUUUUCCACGCCAUUGUCGAGACUCUUACCAAAGCUGGUAUCGCAGUCAUCGUUAACAACCAUAUCACCAGCGCAACAUGGUGCUGCGGUGCUAACCCUUGUGAUGCGGGCUGGUCCAAUGACCACCUAGGUCCUAUCUGUCGAGUAAAGCAGACCGAGGAAGAAUGGAUCCAGCACUGGGAGACGAUUAUGCUGCCGCAUAUUAAGAACCCUCUCGUCGUUGGUGUUGAUGUGAGAAACGAAAUCCGUGGACUUUGGGGGACCAUGCCGUGGUCCAAAUGGGCACCAGCUGCUGAAAGAUGCGGCAACCGACUUCUUCAGAUGAACAGGGACUGGCUUGUGAUAGUCGAGGGCACCGAGUCGUCCAACGAUCUAUCCAGCAUCUGCAAGCGUCCUGUCUUGUUAGAUGUCGCCCACCGGUUAGUGUACUCGGCACAUGUAUACGCGUGGUCCGGCUGGGGUAGCUGGGAGGGCCGAUUCCUCCAGCGCGACUACAAGUCAUUCGCAAAGACAAUGCGACACAACUGGGCCUACAUCCUUGAGAAGCAGAUUGCUCCGGUAUGGGUUGGCGAGAUUGGCGCUCCCGGGCAGCCGUCAGUUGGUGAUAUAAAUUACUGGCAGCAUUUGACACGGUUCCUGCAAGAGAUGGAUGCUGAUUUCGGAUACUGGGCACUCAAUGCGCGCAAGCCAAAGGGGAAUGUCACAGAGAGAUAUGGUCUUUUACAUGAUGACUGGAAGACGCCGGUGCUUGACUACCGGAUGAAGGAUAUGCUGGAGCUCAUGGCGUCUUAG